AUGACACACCAGACACAUGCCUAUCACAUAGUAAACCCAAGUCCAUGGCCCUUGACCGGAGCUCUAUCAGCCCUCCUCAUAACUUCUGGUCUGGUAAUAUGAUUCCACUAUCAUUCUACCAUCCUCGUAUCGCUAGGCCUAUUAACUAACGUCCUAACAAUAUAUCAAUGGUGACGAGAUGUAAUUCGAGAAGGUACCUUUCAAGGCCACCAUACACCAAUUGUACAAAAAGGCCUACGAUACGGGAUGGUCCUGUUUAUCAUCUCAGAAAUCUUUUUCUUCGCAGGCUUCUUCUGAGCAUUUUACCACUCCAGCCUCGCUCCAACGCCCGAACUAGGUGGUUGCUGACCUCCAACAGGCAUUCACCCCCUUAACCCCAUGGAGGUCCCACUCCUUAACACGUCAGUCCUACUAGCCUCAGGAGUAACUAUCACUUGAGCUCACCACAGCCUAAUAGAAGGGAACCGCAAACAAAUACUUCAAGCCCUGUUCAUCACAAUCUCCUUAGGGGCCUACUUCACAUUGCUUCAAGCCUCCGAGUAUUACGAGGCAUCGUUCUCUAUCUCCGACGGAAUUUAUGGCUCAACCUUCUUUGUGGCGACAGGCUUCCAUGGCCUCCACGUAAUUAUUGGUUCUACCUUUCUAGCCGUUUGCUUCCUUCGUCAACUUAAAUUCCACUUUACAUCCAACCACCAUUUCGGAUUUGAAGCAGCUGCCUGAUAUUGACAUUUCGUAGAUGUAGUGUGACUGUUCCUAUAUGUAUCUAUUUACUGAUGAGGAUCCU